UACUGUUUACCGGUGCUAGGCAACGGUAGGCUGCUCCACCAGUCAGCAUGCGGUGAAGACCAGUAGGACAUAAACAAUAUCUAACGUUUAUUUAAAUAUGUGCAUUUUGUUCUGCUUAUGAAUUCAGUAAUCAGCGGAUAGAAGAUGACAAACUACAAAGAGCUUUUGCAGGAGGCCGCUACACUACUCGACACAUUUCAGCCGAACGAGCAGUGCAUGGAGACUUUCACAGAGAAUGCUUCAAAAAGUCUCGAGGUACGCUUAGCCGCGAAGUUUACAAAAAAGUAUGAUACUGAGGAUAAGAGUUUUCUUCUGGAUUUGAUGUCUGGAUGCAUAGAGCAAAAGAAGGUUCUUGAUGUUGUGGUUAAUACUUUCUAUGAUCAUCAUGGGAAGCUUGUGCUGAAAGCUGACCAUAAUAGGUUUUCUGUUAUAUGCUACAUCGCCGUCUUCCUUCUUGAAGAUAUUGGGUUGCAGCGUUUCAGUAAGAUCAUUAAGUCACAAGACAUCUCGAAGAUGCACAAAUUCCUGAGUUUCCUCUUCAGCAUGUACAACCUCACCACCUGGAUCCAGAGCGAGUGGAGUCAGAUCUACGACGCUGCCUACGUUGAGCAGAACUGGAUCCUCCCUUUGCUCAGGUGGCGCCCUAAGGUGGACGAGCUGCUGGACCAGUUAUCACGCAGGAUAUCCAGCGGCAGCGUGCUGAAGAAAACGCCAGCCAAUCACACGCGGCCAAAGGAGUUUGCCCUGACUAAGCCCAAACCCCGCCCACUUCCGGUCCCUGAGCCAAUCCCAACACAGCAGACACAUCAGCCAGUGAAGCCCAGCAUCUUUAAACCGCCCAAAGAGCAGCAGAUUCUAGAGGAGCUCCGCCAAAAGAACCGGCAGAAAGCUCAGCGAGUCCUGUAUGAGGCCAACAUGCAGCAGUUCAAGUGUGCCAAGCCCCAGAAGUCUGAGAGAACUGAGAAAGUGAUAUCUCAGAUCAAAGAGGCGCAGGAGGCGCAACUGAAAUUUGAUGCCGUUUUCACUUCUGGAACUCCAGCUACCCACAAGGUGAACAGCCUGCCCAUCAGACUGAACACUACCACUAUCCUACGAGAGGGGGCGCUCUACAACAAGCAGCUGGAGGAGGAGCUUCACAGGCUGGAGUGUGUGGUGGAGGGUGGGAGUGAGCCCUCAGGGUUCCUGCGCUGGCAGCAGCAGAUGCGUGAGCGUGGCGAGCAGGAGCAGCUGGCCUCUCUGGAGCAGCGCCGUCUGCAGGGACUCAUCAGCCACCAGGAGGCGGCACUCGCGCGCACGCGCAUCACCCAGCGCAACCUGCAGAGGGCGCAGCUCAAGAAGGAGGAGACGGCGGAGCUGAUGCGUCAGUACGCUGCUAAGCGACUGCAGGAGGAGGAGGGGAUGAGGGAGCUGGUGCAGCAAGUAGCCGACGGACACAAGAACUCCAAAGUGGCCAAAGCCAAGCUGCACGACUUCAAACAGAGCGUCGUGCGGGAGGUGUGUGAGCAGAGCCGUGAUUUGCUGGCACGCGCUCUCGAGGAAGCGCAAGAGGAGAUGAGCAGGAAGUUGGAGCUCAUUCGUCAGAUCCGCGCCAUCGAGUCCGUCCCCCGCACCCAGCACAAGCUCCUGGACGACACCGAGAUGGCAGGCCACGCCUUGCUGUGUGAGAUGUCUCUGGCCGAGCUGCGCGAGCGUCUGGGUGUGCUGCGCGUUGCUGAGCAGCGCCACCUGGAGGAGCGGAGGAGGCACGUCCAGCAGGAGAAGCAGAGCAGAGAGCAGCUGCUGCUGGACCAGCUGGACAACAUCGCCACCUGCAGGACAGCCAUGGAAGAGGUCGCAGCACGCAGGCAGGCCGAGCGCAUGUGUCGCCCUUCUGUGCGAGAGCAGCUUCAGGAGGAUGAGAAGCUACAGGCCCUGAGACACACCCUGCAGGAGAAACAGCAGCAGAGGCACCAGCUCACACACACACUCACACACACACACAAACUCACACACACACAGCAAACACACAAGCACUCACACACACACCGUCUGAAGCAGUGGGACCAGAGGAAGCAGAAGGCUCUAGAGGAGCAGCAGUGGGAGGAGCUUGAGAAGAGCUUGCAGAUGACCGUACAGCAGGGGGCGCCAAACACCAGAUGACACGACAACCCCAUUCAGCACACACACAUACUCACACUCUCACAACACACACAUAUACUCACACUCUCACAACCCAGAUGCUACAUUCAGCACACACACACAUAUACUCACACUCUCACAACCCCAACAACCCAGAUGCUACAUUCAGCACACACACACACACACACAUACUCACACUCUCACAACACACACAUAUACUCACACUCUCACAACCCCAC